CGUUUUUCGAUGUUGUUUCUAGAAGUACCGGGAAGGCCUUGGGUUUUAUUAAUUGCGAGUAUGAUAUAGAUUGUAGAAAGAUUAAGUAUUUCUAAUCCUCCUUUCCUCUGUUUCAUUCAUUGCUUUCUUAUUCUCUUGUUUUACCUUGUUUCUCUAAGUUUGAGUGCGGGCAUCUUAUCUUCUCCAAGAUCUCAUCAACAUUCCAGCUCCUUUACAAAAUCCCCUCGUUAUUAAAGAUUUAUCCUACCUUCCUUCGAUUAUUUCUUAUACGUAUUUCUGAAUUAUUUGCCUCAGAUUGAAGUCUCAGAAGUCAUUCUUGUCGUAAUACGUCGUAGGACCUUCUUCAUCGAGCACAAGACCAACUCAAGUUACAUAAAUACCUCAUUUUAUAAUGCCUCGCCCAGCUCAUCUGCCGACCCCCGCUUCAUCUACAGAAAUCAAGGGAAAAGAUGGUCCAAGGUACUCUUCACUACAGAUGUCAUUUGAGCUUCCUCCACCUGCUGUAGCAGGAAUGGAGUCUCGACCAACCAGCUCCUCUACCGAAACAUCACCUGCCUCCUCACAUCGACCUAGUUGCGCGAUUGCUCCAGCAAUUCCUGCAAGUGAAGCCGUUAAACUUCGUCGAAGACCUGCUACACAAACUGCCGCCAAAAAUUCCUUCGCACUACCACCUCCGCCUACUCGUUCCCGAAAAAUUAUACAAAUGAAACCUCGAGGUCAAGCAGAUGAAACCAUGAAUCCACCCGAAGAAAAUACAAAGGCUGGUGGGAAGCUACUCCAAAUGCGUCCAAGAAGAAACAACCGUCCUCAACAAGUGUUGCUGGACGGAAGAUUGCAAGAAAAACCGCACAUAGUUUGAUUGAGCGUCGUAGGAGGUCAAAGAUGAAUGAGGAAUUUGGUGUAUUGAAGGAUAUGAUACCAGCUUGUACAGGAGAAAUGCACAAGUUGGCAAUUCUA